AGAAGAUUAAACUAUUAGUACAGGAAAAAUUAGCUAAAGAAAACCUUGAAAAAAUAACAUGAGAUUAUGAUGAAAAAUAGGAAAAUUUUAUCUCAUUAUUAAUAUGUAAUGAGAUCUCAUAGAUGCCAGGCCUAAGAUCAAUUCCAUUAUAAAACUAUUCUAUAAAGUUCUAAACAAAGUCAGCUUUUUCCAAAAUAUGUUUUUCAGGCUGCAAUCAUGCUUGUGAUCCCAAAAAUUUAUCAGGCUUCUAAGGGGAUAACAUGAUUUGGAGUAGAUUUUGUAAACUUUACAAAGUAAAACAUAUUUGAGUAUGUUAUCACAAGUGAUAAUCAGAUUGAUUAUAGAGAUUAUAUCUAAAAAGACAAUUAUGAA